GUUAAAAAUGUAAGAGAGAGCACAUAAAAAAGUGUGAUUUACAACAUCCUGGCUGUUUACCCUGAAAAACAUAUUCCAAAUAGCUAUUUUUAGGAAAAACUAAACAAAACAGCUUCUCACAUUGAAAUUAAGCUCUUCCCUGUUUCUUACACUGUAUUUGUGAAACAAAAUGCAGAGCUCCUUGUUUUGGAAGGGAGAAAAAAAGGUACCCCAACUCCAAUCAUUUCCCUGCAGAGACUGACAAGCAGAACUACUGAGCUACAGUUUCUAGAUUUACUUACUUUACACAGCGAGCAAGGGGAGUAGGAAUAGCAAGAGCAAAAGUAAAAAGUCUGAAAAACCUUUGGAAAAGACAAUAGCCAAAAAUUCAAACAUGGAUGGAGGUAGAAGCAGUUUUUAAUUAUAACACUGUUAGAAAAAAAAGCUGCAGAAAAGACUUGUUGGGUUUCAAUUCAUCCAAGUCUUGUCAAUCACCAUUUGUUGCCAGGCACAGAAAUGAAGUGAAUAUGAGAAGUUUUUGCAUAAGAGUUGUCGAAUAUUGUCACUAACCCACCCCCACACACCCAUUUUAUUUCACACUGACAAAAGCUGAGAUGAAUGAGUCGUGGUCUGGCCCUUCCCACUUCGUAUAGUCAUUGGCUGGCUUGGUUCUAAAAAGGAUUUUAAAAAGGGGAAUAAUGUGCCUUUGCCUUGGAUCUGAAGCUGUCAGGGUGCUGAAAAGCUGAUCUGUGAGCUGCCACCAUGCAGAUCUCUUGGGCUGUGUGCGCUGUCUGGGUCUGGGCACAAAUCACACUUCGGUCUGUGGAAGGGUGGCAGGUGUUUAAAAAUGAUGCUACAGAAAUCAUUCCUGAAAUCACUGAGAACACAGAACCACCGAUGGAGCAGACUUUCAGCAACAACAACAACACAAUGAAUCAGGCAAAACAUGGAGGAAGACACAUACAGCAAGCUCCAGACCCUAACGAUGCUUCUGACUUCAGCUGCAGGGAGAUGAGAACCACCCGCUAUGUGACGGAGGGGUCCUGCCGCAGUGUCAAGCCCGUCAAGGAGCUCGUCUGCUCCGGCCAGUGCGUCCCCUCUCACCUGCUCCCCAACUCCAUCGGCAGGGGGAAGUGGUGGCGGCAGAACGCCCUGGAUUAUCGCUGCAUCCCCGCCCACACCCGCACCCACCGCAUCCAGAUGUCCUGCCCCGAGGAAGAGACUCGGACUUACAAAUUCCGAGCCGUCACCUCCUGCAAGUGCAAGCGCUACACCCGCUACCACAACCAGUCGGAGCUGAAGGACUUCGGGAAGGACAAUGCCAGGCCCCAGAAGAACAAGAAGCCCCAUCUGUCCAGAGCCAGGAGCAGCAAAUCUAACCAGCACGAGUUAGAAAAUGCUUAUUAGGAGGAGGUGGCUCUGGGUGACACAGACUAGCAGCUCUGGAUACUUUGCAAAAACCGUCCAAAGGCACUCAGAGGCCACAGCAUGACGUUCUGACUGCAGUAGGUUCCAAUUCCUUCUGCUAAGCUGGGUCAAAUGCUCACAUAGGCAAAAAAAAAAUCUUUCAGAUUAUAGCACUUAUGGUCUGAUAAGAAAACGAGACAAACCAAGCUGGAGGUAGCAACCUCUAAAUUCAGUCUGAAAGGAGAGGUGCAGGUUGGAGAUUCACGAGAGGUUGUGUGGCUUGUACCAGCAGGCAGGCAGAGGAAGGGGAAGCAGUUGUGGUGACAAUCAGGCUUUGCUAGAAAUCAUUCCACUCACUUCAAGUGAAAAGAGCAUUGAGAUCCCUUUCCCACACAAGUGCCCGUGAUGCAGGACAAGCAUCCAGUUAGGGAAGCAUCAGGAGAGUUCACACUCUCUGAAUAAGCUGUAGAAAGUUAGGUAUAGCAGGAAUUUCAGUAGUUAUGGUGACUGAAGUCAAAUUGUUGGGAAAUGAACAUUCUGUCAGAUGUCCUCACGUACCAGGAGUUUCCUCCAAAACACAAAAAUCAAAACACAAGUAAAAGAGUGACAAAUCUGUUUCUUACCUUUACCCAAAAGACUGUAGGAUCAGCAGAUUCAAAACCGAGAUUUGGCAACUAAAACUAUAUUUGAUUUAGAGACAGUGGCUUGGUUUAGGAACAAUUCAACAAAUCCUACUAGGUGAAGCAGAUUUAUGAAAUGCAUGGUCCUCUCAAACCAGAUAACCUCACUGAUGUUUGUCCUGUAAACAGCUAGAGAUGUGCAGAGUUUAACAUAAAAGAUACUGAUUAUUCCUGAUUUCCUAGAACACAUUUGACUUCAGUAUCAGCUUAGAUACCUCUAUUUACAUUUUCUAUUCUGUAGAGUUUGGAUUAUCUGGCCACACAUUUUGCAGCACUAAGACUGUGCAAGCCAAGUUCUGGGAACACGGUGGUGGCUCUGCAUUAAAAGUGAGCCUCUGCUAAUUUUGAAGUCAUGAAUUCCUCUAGAAAAAGUCUUUAGCAUAUGCAGCUUUGGUAAGUCUUUAGUUUGGCAGCAGCUUUCCUUUACUUAGCUUCUCAACACUCAGACUAAUGUUUGUGUUUUUACAUUAAAGAAUACUAUUAGAAAGUGAGUUGUCACAUACUGUAUACAUCUGGUAGAAUAGGCUGAAAUCAUAUAAACUGUGGAAAUUUACGGUGUUGAUAGAUUUUUCAAUUAUUUUAUGUGGGACCAGAACCUAGAGAGACAAGGUAUCGUUUAAGAGAGUGAAUUACAUAUUUAUUUUUUUUCCCAGAAGUUAUUUAUGCAAUGUUUUUUCCUGUAGAAAAUGAGAAGUAACACUGCUUUAAAAAUAUUAGUCUGUUAUUUUUAAUUUUAAAUACAUUGUUAAUAAAGUAGAAACAACGA